AUGCAACAAAAGCAGAAGUCGAGAGCAACUACGACAAGAACAGCAGCAGCAACAGCAGCAACAAUAACACGCAACAGCGGCAGCAGCAGCAGCAGCAACAUUCACAGCAGCAGCAACAGUAGCAGCAACAGGAGCACCAACAAACAGCCACAGCAGCAGCAACAAGAACAACACCAGGAACAGCAGCAACAACAACAGCAACAACGACAAGAAAAAGAACUAGCAAACCAAACACCCGCCGCAGCUGAUAUGCUGCAGCAGCUGCAGCUAGAGGUUUCCUGCUCGGCAGCAGACAGCAGCAGCAGCAGCAGCGACCGCUCUGGUCCAGCGGCACUGAGGUGUAUAUACACCUCAGCAAGAGCAGCAUCAGCACAACUUUUCUUUCUUCGGGGUGUCUCUGCAGCUGCUGCCCUCUCUAAUGCUAAGAAGCCGCUCUGGCCAGCAGCAGCAGCAGCAGCUACGACAGCGGCAGCAGCUGCAGCAGCAACAACGGCAGUAGCAGCAGCAACGACAGCAGCAGCAGCAACGGCAGCAGCAGCAGCAGCAGCAGCAGAAACUGAAGCAGAGAAAGCAAGGACAGCAACGGAAGAAGCAACUGCAGCAGCAGUUGCCGAACCAGCAGUUGCGACCGCAGCAGCAGCAGCAGCAGUAACAGCAGCAGCAGCAGCAACAACAUUGGGUGUGCGCGCACCUGAAACAUUGAUUCACCGACCGCAACACGAACAGCAGCACCAACUGCAGCACCAGCUGCAGCAGCAACUGCAACAAUUGCAGCAACACCAGCAGCACCAACUGCAACAACAACUGCAGCAGCAACUGCAGCAGCAACUGCAACAGCAACUGCAACAGCAACUGCAGCAGCAACUGCAGCAGCAACUGCAGUGCACUGGUGUCUGGGGUCAGCAACCCAACAGCAAGUCGCUGCGGGCCCUAGGGAGGGCGGCUGCCCCCGAGUCGCUGCUGCUGCAGCAGCAACUGCAGCAGCAGCAGCAGCAGCAGCAGCAGAUUUCGGGUGUCUGUGCACCUGGAACGAUGGGGGCUGGAGGCAGCACUUUAGGGGACACGAUCCUCUUCCCUGCUCCUGAGUGCUCGUACGACGACUCUCUGCCGGGUUUACUGUGGAUAUCGGAGGACUUCUGCUAUCAGAAAUCUGCUGCUGCUGCUGCUGCUGAGAGGCAGCAAACUGCUUCUUCUUUUCCUGUUUGUUUUAUCCCCGCUCCGUAUAACAGAGGGAAGUAUGUGCUUCUAUACUGGCACGGUAAUUCGUGCGACUUAGGGCAUAUAAGAGAAGAAUUAGAAGUACUUGCUGAGUAUUUAAGCUGUCACUGUUUAGCAAUAGAGUAUCCUGGCUACGGUCUAGCAGCAGCAGCAACAGCAACAGCAGCAGCAGCAACAACAACAACAGCAGCAACUGCUGCAGCAGCAGCAGCAGCAGCAAGCAGCAGACAAAGGGCUCGCCUCAGCACCAGCGAUGUUAUUAACCUCUGGGGUAGAGCUGCUUUUAACUUUUUAAUAUUCAUCGGCGUCCCUCCAGAGAACAUCAUUUGCUUCGGUCGAUCUAUAGGAACAGGUGCUGCUGCUGCUGCUGAUGCUGCUGCUGCUGAUGCUGCUGCUGCUGAUGCUGCUGAUGCUGGUAAUUCGUGCGACUUAGGGCAUAUAAGAGAAGAAUUAGAAGUACUUGCUGAGUAUUUAAGCUGUCACUGUUUAGCAAUAGAGUAUCCUGGCUACGGUCUAGCAGCAGCAGCAACAGCAACAGCAGCAGCAGCAACAACAACAACAGCAGCAACUGCUGCAGCAGCAGCAGCAGCAGCAAGCAGCAGACAAAGGGCUCGCCUCAGCACCAGCGAUGUUAUUAACCUCUGGGGUAGAGCUGCUUUUAACUUUUUAAUAUUCAUCGGCGUCCCUCCAGAGAACAUCAUUUGCUUCGGUCGAUCUAUAGGAACAGGUGCUGCUGCUGCUGCUGAUGCUGCUGCUGCUGAUGCUGCUGCUGCUGAUGCUGCUGAUGCUGGUGCUGCUGAUGCUGCUGUUUGCUGA